CCUCAGAUGUCGGGGGAUCUGUUGGCACUGGGAAGGGGGAGUUGGGAGACUGGGGGGUGAUUACCUCCCCUCCCCUGGACAGGUAGGUGGGAGAGUGGGGGGCUGCUCCCACGGAUGAUGCCAACCCCCUUUGCCCCAUGGCUACCGGGGAGAGGCCAGGCUAGGAGGGGUUAAGGAGCUGUCACGUGGGGGGGGGGCAGAACCACGUGCCUCCCCGCCCCCGGAGAUGCGGAAGCAAAACCCUGGGCAGGGCCAGCUGCACCCCAGUCCUAGGAUGGACGUGGGUGCCUAUCUCUCCCGGAUCGGGUACCAGGGCCCGACAGAGCCCACCCUGGAGACGCUGCGGGGGCUGCACCGUUGCCACCUGUUCUCGGUGCCCUUUGAGAGCCUGAGCGUGCACUGUGGGGAGCCCAUCACCCUGGCGCUGCCCCUGCUCUACGACAAGAUCGUCCGGCGGCGCCGUGGCGGCUUCUGUUACGAGAACAACGGGCUCUUCCAGUGGCUGCUGCGGGCGCUGGGUUUCUGUGUCGUGGGGCUGGCCGGCCGCGUCCGGAACCGCUUCACCGGGCGCCUCGGGCCACCCUGCGACCACCUGGUGCUGCUGGCCCGGCUGGGGGGCCAGCGCUUCCUGUGCGACGUGGGCUUCGGGGACGGCUUCCUGGAGCCGGGCCUGGAGCAGCCGCAGGAGGGCGGCACCUUCCGGCUGGGCCUGGCGGGGGGCGUCUGGGCGCUGGAGCGGCUGCGGGCGCCGGGCGAGGAGGGGCAGAUGCUCUACACCUUCACGCUGGAGGAGUGGGAGCUGGGAGACUUCGCCGCCAUGUGCUGCUACCACCAACAGGCCCCCAGCUCCAUCUUCGCCUGCAAGUCCUUCUGCAGCCUGCCCCAGCCGGGCGGUGGCCGCCUCACCUACAUGGGCUGGCGCCUCAUCGCCACGCGGGGCGGGGAGCGCACGGAGACCCCCCCUGCAGCCCCACGAGAUCCCCGCCCUGCUGCAGCGCACCUUCGGGGCCCAGCUGAGCGGGACCCUGGUGCCCAAGGACCAGGAGAUACAGCCGCCCCCCGAGGGGGAGGAGAUGGGGCCAGCUCCCCCCCACUGAAUGAAGGAGCUCCGAGAAAUGAGGUGGAGGGACCCAGAAACACCCCUGGGUGCCCGGCUCAGAGCUGCCGGGAGGGUGAGCUGUAAAACAGGCCGGCCAGGGCAGAAACCUGGCUGGGGGGAGCUGCUGGGCCCAAAGGGAAGG